AGUCCUGACCACAACUUUUUCCUUUGCCCAGAAGUGUGUGAAGUCAGCUGUCUGUCUGGCAUGGAUGUGUGUUGAUGUGCUUCCAGCUGUUUAUGGGGAAUCAUGAUGUCUGGUCUGCAGGACCCUCCCUACAGUCUGUGAGAUCAUCACAGUUUUAAUUAGACCGGAUCUGCCAAUUAAUGGGAGGUCUGACUGUCACUCUCAGUCCUUUAAAAGCAGCCUGAAUCAAAUGUCCAGCAGAGUGGAGGCAGGAGCUGGAGUGAGUUUCAGGUUUACACCAUGAUGUCUUCCAAAGAACUUUGUGCUGUUAUUUUGCUGGUUUUCGCUUUGACAUUUAGUGCAGCUCAGACAAACUGCAAAGAGCGAUGCGGUACUGAAUACUACAGGGGUUUCAUGUGCCAGUGUGACUAUAACUGCCUGUCUUAUGGAGAAUGCUGCAAAGAUUAUGAAUCUCAAUGCACCACAAAAAAUUCGUGUAAGGGCCGAUGUGGAGAAGCUUUUAAGAGGGGCCGGCUAUGCAGCUGCGACUCUGACUGCAUGAAGUACAAGCAGUGUUGUCCAGAUUACAAAACUCAUUGCGAUGAGGAAGAAAUCAGUGGAGCAGCCAGUGAAAAUGCACCAGUGAAGACUAGCUCAUGUGAUAUUGUAAAUGAUAGCCAACAUAAAGAGCCAACUCUGACUGAAGAGACUUCCUUCACUGACGAAAACUAUGCAGAUGACUAUUUAAAUUCUGUGGAUGGUCCAACAUCAUACCCACCAGGUGAUUACAGUGAUGAUGUGUACAGCCCGGCUCCUUCCACUGAUGAGUUCUCCAUCAGUGGAGUGGAGGACCUGGACGUGAGUCCAAUCCCAGGAAACAGCAGUGGAAAUGGACCAUCAACAGCUGAUCAGCUGGAUCAAGUUCCUACCAAACCCACUCUGGAUACAGAUGUGGAGUUCACAACAGAGGCACCAUUUUCUCCAACAGAGCCAACUUUAUCAGAUGAUAACCUCUCCAUGCUUAACUCCACCAGUGGAGAUGCAACAUCUGCAAUCACAGAUGCUGGAGAUCUUAAACCCCCCGCUGAAGAAGGAGUUAAUCCCCCUCAGCUUACAACCACAGCCAACCAGUUAAAUUCAACCUCAGUGCCACAAACAGCACCUACACUUUCAACACCAGAGAUCGACACUGACAUCCCCCCCUUAGGUGAACCAGAAAUUACAAUCAACAACACACAGGACUCAAACACAGUCGUGGAUUUCUCUCAGGUUACCACCAUUCCUGCCUCAUCAACAGUGGUUUCAACAGUGAACCCAGAGGAAGCAACUUCAAACCCCAGCAUUGAGAACAUCUCAGAAAGUGUCACUACAGACCCUCCCUCUUUACUGGCAAACCUCGAAGAUCCAUCCACCAACGUUCCUCCAGCAGAGGCUGGGGAUGCAUCGCAGCUUGAUGCCGUGUCAACACACACUCCCUCAGUACAGGAUGACAUCACAGAUGGUGUUAAACCAGAGGUACCUACAGCUGAUCCAGUUAAGAUUUCCGUGGAAAUGACCAGUCCUCCAACAUCUAAACCCACCUCAAAACCCCAGGAAAAACCUAAACCACGCAAACCACUGCCAACCUCUAAACCUGAGACAAAGCCUUUUGAUACACAAACCUUAGCCACAGACAACCCAAGAUAUUAUCAAGCAGAUGACAGCAAUGAUACAAACCUGUGCAGUGGGUGGCCGGUCAGCGCAGUGACCACUAUGAGGAACGGUACAAUAGUGGUGUUCAGAGGCCACUACUUUUGGUUUCUGGACAGAAACAGGGUUCCAAGUCCAGCUCAGAGCAUCACACAAGUGUGGGGUGUCCCUUCCCCCAUUGACACAGUGUUCACCCGCUGCAACUGUCAGGGCAAAACAUACAUUUUUAAGGGAGGCAAAUACUGGAGAUUUGAAAAUGAUGUUAUAGACCCUGGUUUUCCCAAAUUCAUUAAAACAGGCUUUGAUGGGCUGCAGGGCCACAUUACAGCUGCCCUGUCUGUACCGCAGUACAGGAACAGGAGAGAGUCUGUCUACUUCUUCAAGAGAGGGGGAUUUGUUCAGAAAUAUUCAUACCAGUUUGGCACCAGUCCAACAUGUGGAAGGAAAGUUCACAUUCCCAUUUACACAGUUCACACCCGAAGAGCCCGGCAAGCAGUGUCAGUGUUAGAACCAGCCAUCAAAAUCCAGACAUCCUGGAGAGGUUUCCCCUCCCCCAUCACAGCCGCUGUGUCUGUCCCGAACAACAGACAACCAGAGGGAUACAACUAUUUCGUCGUCUCAAGAUCAACAUUCUACAGUGUGAGAAUGGAGGGUGAACGUCCAGUCAUCGCUGCUCCUACAGCAAACACAUCACCUCAGACCAGCAACUUCUUCAGAUGUCCACAGAAAACCUAACAGAAAGAAAAUCUGCCUUUUACAAGAUUUUUUUUUUUGAGUCAAGUUUAUUUUACUCUUCAUAAAACAUACCGCUUCAGCACGGAUUAUGAUAACAGGUACUUUUCAAGAACAUUAAAAAAACAAAAAAAAUAUAAAAGAACAACACAUGCUUCAGAACAAGUGAACACCAUCAUGAAAAAUUCUAGAUAUUUUGAAUUUAAAUGUGUUUCUGACAAGAAUGAUGAAUUAUCUAGCUAUGGUUGUCAAGGCUUCGGAUGGAUGCGUUAUCUUGCAAAUCGUCUCCCAGGUACACCGCGGGAAGGAAAGGCCUGACCUGUGGAGAUGUAAAAUAUAUUUGCAGACAAGCCUCGCAACACUGAUGUCAAUUCUGAACAGUGCUUGUACUAAAUGUAUUCAUGGAAGAACUUUAUGAAUGUAUGAUAAUGUUUUCUUACUGUCAUGAGAUGCUGAAUCUGAAUAAAUACUUUAAGAUUUUU